AUGAAUCCAACAUUCGUUUCUGUCCCUACUCCUAAAUCUACCGAAAAACCGGGUUGUGACGCGAUAAUCCGUUAUAAGGGACCUACACUUAACACCACUGAAAAACCCGAUGGCGACCCAGUCAAUCAAUGUUCUAUCAU